GAGAGAGGCGAGCUCCUUCUGAAAGAGCAGCCGCUGCUAGUGGUGCCUGUGGUAAGGGACACCCGGCAGCUGGAUGCCUGGGAACAGCGGAUCCUGGCAGACUUGGCUGACUGCCCGCAGCAGCAGCAAGACUCGUUCUGGGAGUUGGCUGACUGCCACUCGGAGGUCGGCCAGAAGACGGCGACGGGGAUUGUGCGAACGAACGGCUUGCCCAUCGAGAGGGCAGAUGGCGCUGACGUCGUGGGCUUGUAUUCGACGAUGUCGCGGUUCAACCACAGUUGCGUACACAAUGUCAACAACAGCUACCAGGAAGAUGCUGGUGGCGAAGUGCUCCAUGCAUUGCGAAACAUUCGCAAAGGCGAGGAGCUGUGCAUCACCUACAUCGAUCUAUUUUCGACCCGGCAAGAUCGCCAAAGCACACUGCAGAGGAUUUUCAACUUCCGCUGCACUUGCCCCGCCUGCUCCCUUACCGGCGAGGCCCUUCUGAACUCCAACCGCCGCCGCGACCGGCUGCAGCAGCUGCGAGAGGCACUGCCCAGCGCUGCGCAGCAAGGACUCGGCGAGGCGGUGAUUGCCAAGAUCGUG